AUGCAGUUUCUUACAGGAAAAUCAUUACUUUACGUACGAGUCAUAAUGUUACUUGUGAUACCGUACUAUUUAAUAAAAUAUCCCGAGACAAUAUCAUCGGCAGGAUUUGUGGUAUUACUUGGUCAAGCAAUGCAAGUACCCAUAUUAAAAUUAAAUCCAACAAAUCCUUUAAUUGGAUUUUUAUCUAUAUUUAUGAUUACGACAUCAAUAACGGAUCUCAUACCUUUGAUAGCGGAAAAUUGGCCAUUUUUUGAAACUGUUGUUCCAACUAGAUUGUUUUUUUACUUUUUAGCAACAGCAUAUAUUUAUUUCGUUCCAACUUCCAUCAUUAGUAAUAGCUUAAUCAUUACUUAUACUAUGUUUGAAAUAUGGAUUAAUUUUUUGAUUUACAAUAAUUUGAGAGAUGAAAAAUUCUAUAGAAUGAAAAAAUUUGUGGAAGAAAAUGUUGAUGCUUUAAAACAAGCUCAAGAUGAAAGAGUUAAAAUUAUUGAAAGAGAUUGA